GGUGAUCAGUUCGAGGCGCGGCGCGGCCGCAAGGUGUGGCUGGGAGACGCCGCGCCGCGUGGACGGCGAAAAGAAAGAGUAUCAUGAGGAGGAGCCCUCUCUCCAUUUAAAAGCGUGUUUGUGUGGCUCGCUGCUCGCCUCUACUCUGCUCCUCUCGCCAUUCUCUCUCUCUUUCUCUCUCAAGCACAGUCACACGCUCGUCUUCCGUCGCUGCCCGCCCGCCCGCCCGCGCCUUCAGAUCCUUAUCUCCUUCCCGCUCUCUGCUCUGGGGGCAUUUGCUGCCUGCGUGGAUGGGGUCUGGGAAACAGCAGCGGGUGGAGCUGGAUUCCGCAGACACCCGGACGUGAUCCGGCCAUGGGGUAGACCCACUGCUCCCAUGGACGGCUCCCGUGCUGCUGCCGCUGCCGCUCCUCCUGGCGGCGGCGGGCGGACGUGGGGCGACGGCGAAGGAGGAGGACGGGCCGCCGAGGAAGACGAGGGCGGAGAGGUGAGCCUGCGGGAGUGGCUGGACCGCCCGGGCCGCGCGGUGGAGGCGCCCGAGUGCCUGCACGUCUUCCGCCAGGUCGCCGAGGCCGUCUCCGUCGCGCACGCGCAGGGCGUCGCCGUCGGCAGCGCGCGCCCCUCAUGCUUCGUCGUCUCCCCGCCCUUCGCCCGCGUCGCCUUCAUCGAGUCCGCCUCCGGAUCAGACGCCUCGGGCUCCGACGCGUCAGAGGAGGACGGCGCAGACCACCACGACGCCGACGACGACGCACAGCCGCCGCGCCGACCUAAUAACAACAACGGCGCCGCCCAGGCCCGGGACGGCCACCACAAGGGCUUCCCGCUCAAGACCGUGCUGGCCAUGGAGCUCAACUGGUACACGAGCCCGGAGGAGGCCGACGACGGCCCGGGCGGCGCGACAUUCGCAUCCGACGUCUACCGAUUAGGCGUGCUCCUCUUCGAGCUCUUCUGCAGCUUCGAAACCUUGGAGGAGAAGAUGCGGGCCAUGGCCAACCUGCGCUACCGCGUGCUCCCGCCGCAGCUGCUGCUCAGGUGGCCCAAGGAAGCUUCCUUCUGCCAGCUCAUGAUGCAUCCCGUACCGGACACACGACCCAAGAUGAGUGAGGUGCUACAAAGUGAGUUCCUUAAUCAAUCAAGGAAUAGUCUGGAAGAGCGUGAGGCAGCACUUCGGUUACGUGAAGAGAUAGAAGAACAAGAACUGCUGUUGGAUUUUCUUCUCCAGUUGCAGAAAAGAAAGCAGGAUAUAGCAGACAAUUUGCAGGACACUGUUGCCUUCCUCUCUUCUGACAUCAAUGAGGCAGUCCACCAGCAGUCAGCUCUCGGCCAGUGCGGAAACUUCUCGAUUGAGUUGGAUAAAGAGGUAUCCUCUGGAACUGUUGAGGAUCAGAGUGACUGUGGAUCCAGAAAGCGUUUCAGGCCUGAACUGCUUGCUGUUGAUAUGGAGGAACACAAUCGUAGUAUGGAAGAAUGUUCCAGGACAGUGCCAUCAUCUGUGGUCAUCCAAGAAAGUGUGUUGUCAAAAAGCUCCAGGUUAAUGAAAAACUUCAAAAGACUUGAAACAGCAUAUUUUGCAACAAGGUCCAAGUUUUCAAGUCAAGUUGGCAAUCCAGUAAGUAGUCGUCAUCAAGUUGUCAAGAGGACUACCGGGUCAGCUGUUGGGACCGAGGGUAGUUCAAUAGAUGAUUUUGCUUUGGAAGGGCAUUCUGGUAGAAGGCAAAGAGGUUGGAUGAACUCUUUUCUUGAAGGGUUGUGCAGGUACCUGUCGUUCAGUCAGUUGAAAGUUCGGGCUGAACUGAAGCAAUGUGAUCUGCUGAACUCAUCAAAUUUAGUAUGCUCUGUAGGCUUUGACCGGGAUAAGGAGUUUUUUGCAACUGCUGGUGUAAAUAAGAAGAUAAAAGUGUUUGAAUAUAAUAUGAUCGUAAAUGAGCACCGUGACAUUCACUAUCCUGUGGUUGAGAUGCCUAAUAGAUCAAAACUAAGUUGUAUUUGCUGGAACAGUUACAUGAAGAGUCAUAUAGCAUCUAGUGACUUUGAUGGUCUUGUACAGGUUUGGGAUGUUACUAGGAGCCAAGUUUUUGUUGAAAUGAGGGAGCAUGAGAGGCGUGUUUGGUCAGUAGACUUCUCACUUGCAGAUCCAACCAAAUUGGUUAGUGGGAGUGAUGAUGGUUCAGUGAAGCUGUGGAGUAUGAAUCAGGCUGGGAGUGUUGGCACUAUCAGAACAAGAGCAAAUGUCUGCUCUGUACAAUUUCAACCUGAUUCCGCUCGCUCCAUUGCAAUUGGCUCAGCAGAUCACAAGAUUUACUGCUAUGAUCUUCGCAACAUACGAGCCCCUUACUGUACACUAGUUGGACACACAAAAACUGUGAGCUAUGUUAAGUAUUUAGAUGCAUCAACCAUAGUAUCUGGUUCCACUGACAACUCGUUGAAGCUUUGGGACUUGUCUAUGAAUCAAGGAAGGAUAAUUGACAAUCCAAUUCAGACAUAUACAGGGCAUACAAAUACAAAGAAUUUUGUUGGCCUUUCCAUUUCUGAUGGGUAUAUCGCUACUGGGUCAGAAACAAAUGAGGUUUUUGUCUACCACAAAGCAUUUCCGAUGCCCGUCCUCGCGUACAAGUUCAACGUUACAGACCCAAUAUCAGGCCAGGAGAUCGAUGAUCAAUCACAGUUCAUCUCAUGUGUGUGUUGGAGAGGGCAGUCUUCAACACUUCUUUCUGCUAAUUCUAGUGGAAACAUUAAGGUCUUACAAAUGGACUGACCCUGUACGAGAGUGUAGCUGCCUGGUUUCGAGUAGAAAUGGACUGACUUCAGUGACUUGUUACCAGGGAACGGGUAUGUCUUGCUAUUUUGCCGCUUCAAUGCAGAAGCGGGGGAACAUGGAAUUAGUAGGGUGGUAGAGGAGAGGUUAGCUGUAUCAAGAGUUAGCGUAGGACUACAGGUUAGCGUCAUAGCAAAUGUAGCAUAAAUAGGGAAAAUGUUUGAGAUGUUGGGGUGGCCAAAAGGUUUUGUACAUCAUUGGUUUGAGGUAUACUUGUAUAGGCAAUCAAUCCAAGUUUUUAGCUGCUGCGGUU